AGUUACAUGGUGUCGCCGGUCAAAAAUCGAUGUCUCCAUGCCUUGUAACUUAUGCCAGCUGAGUCUACGUCUGUCCGCAUUCGUGAUUGCAACUAAACGCUUUGUUUAGAAAAAUUCACAUGCCAUUGUACAACCCUCAUACAUCAUGCCUUGAAUCGUAUCUAAUCAAAAAAUCUUCCUAAAAUCUUCUCGUCAAGAUUGUUCUUCUGUUUUUGGCCAGCGUAUUCAGCUCGAUCCAAAGUUCCCGUUUAGGACAUCAUCACAGAGAACUCGAGGUCAACAUAACAGAGAUCAUGUACGACGUCGGACGAUCGUUUGGUGCCAAGACCUUAUGCUCCAUAACGACACACCGAAUCAGAUAGAAUGUGAAACGACUCCAUGUAUAAGUAAAGGGGCAUUGUAUAACUUGGUUAUAUGUGAUUCUUCACUCAUUUUUCCGUACUUGAAAAUUGAAGAAAUAUCUAUGGAUGCUUAUGCCAACCGGAAUGUGGUGGCCAUCUUCAAUUGCCUCCAACUUUUAAACUCGAUCCUUCUGCUGGCAGUUCUGGUACCUGCCCUGUUUUCUACCCGUGUCCGCCGGGUGAGGACUUGGUAUGCGAUGGUCAUUUCCGGUCUCGUAUAUAGCCUCUGUUAUAUGCCCCUGAUGAUCCUCGGUCAGCAAACUGGACCACCGCCCUCCUUUACGCUUUGCCUUUUACAAUCCUGUUUGAUCUAUUGUGCACCAGUUUUGAUCAUCUCUUUCACACUGACAUUCGUGGUUGAGCUCUUCCUUGUGUUGACUCGUGUAAUCUAUGGGAGUGCACUGGGGUCAUCGACUCGUACACAGAUAUUGCUGAUAGCAGUUCCCUCACUUAUCUAUUCGGUGCUUUUUAAUACGACUCUUUUGAUGGGUCUUCAACAAGACGGGACCAUUGAACGUGAUCAAUGGGACCUAUAUUGUCAUUCAACAGCCUCAUCUCCGACACUUGUUGUUGCCAUUGUCGUCCUGAUGGAGGCAUCGAUUAUAAUUAUAUUGAAAGAUGUGCAAGGAACCAGCUCGGUAUUCGUGAGACGACGGUACAGAUGGUGGUGGUAAACUAAAGAGACGUGACAUGGCAAUCCCUCGUAUCUAU